GCUGCAACAAUGUUUAUGAAUCUCCUUGCAAGCAUUUGGACCCUGAUGCCUUUGAUUCUGUCGGGUAAGACUCACUGCAGAAGUUUAGCUUCUGCUGGUGAAUUCUCUAAGACUUAGAAUAUAUAAGUCGUCUAAGCAUGCAGAAGAAUGUUGUUUAGACUGUUGAACCAGCUGUUUCAAAUUAGAUUCCUUCAGAAUUGCUAUGCUUCCAUUUCAGGCGCUCUUGCUGCUGACUGGAUAGUGCAUGUUUCCAUGGAUCCUGUCUAUGCUCCUCUUGGUUCUUCUGUAGUUCUGCAGUGCACCUAUGACUACCCUGAAGAGUCCGACCAGGGAAUACCGAGCAAAGUGCUGUCAGAGAUGUGGUGUUUGAAUGAAAGCCACUGCGUUACUUCAAGAUACGUGUACCACAGUGCAGGGAUAUUCCCUGAGCCCUCAUACCAGGGCCGAGUCAAGUACUUAGGGCAGACGGGGAGCAAAAACUGCUCUCUGAUGAUUUCUGAUGUGAGGUCAGAAGACAGUGGCAUGUACGUUUUCCGGUUCAUCACUGACCACCUGAAGGCCAAGCUACCAGGACAGAGAGGAGUGAAUCUACAGGUCACACAUCAGACAGAAAGAAGUGCAUCUUCAUCCACUACCGGCAUUGUGCUUGGAAUUAUAAUCAUGGUUAUCAUAAUAGCAGGCAUUGUGAUAUUCAUCAGACGGAAGUCACGGGGAGAGAGGACGAGAUCACUUUAAACAAGUUAUUACCACAGAGGAUGAAAAAAAACAUUUUGCGACUCUGAACAAAACAGAGAUGUAAACCAAUAGUUCUGCUUUUUUUUUCUGUUUGUGCGCAACACUUUACUUUUUUUUUUUUUGCAUCCAUUACAGAGUCUAUUAUUUAUCUAUUUAUAUUAUUUUCUGCAUAUCAAACGGCACGUUUCAUUCAUAUUUUUUACUUUUUGUAUUCCUAUUUUACCUUUAGUAGUCUACUGUAUUAUCGUAUUGUAUCUUACAUUUUGCAAGCCACUGCCGCUGUGUUACAUAUCAGGGUUACACUGCCCUCAGCCACUGAACUAGAGACUGAACAACACGUUUUCUCCACAGUGUCUGUAAAAACAGAAAAUAAUGGUUAUGUUUAGAUAGUGAGGAAUGUAUUAAGCCAGUGGAUUCUCACAUUGUAAAUCAUAGAAAACUACCUCUUGUUCUACCUUCAAUUUAAAAAAAAAAAAAAACACUUGGUAUUGUUUAUAAUCACCUCACAAAUGAAGAAAGGUUCAUUAAGGGAAAAGUUCACCCUAAAAAAACAUGAUUAUCAAUCUGUUGUUAUUUACUCACCCUUGAAUCUGUAAAGAAUCUUCACACAGUUGCAGGUUGUUAAAAAAUAAAUAAAAUAACAACCGAAAUCCCAUGUGGUCUCAGUAUUCCGAAAUGCCAAUAAUGCCAAAAAUAUGCAUAUAGCUAUGCAUAUAGUCUUUUUUUUUUUUUUUUUUUUGAGUGUGUGACAAGGUCAACAGUAAAUUUUCUUGAAUAGAAACAGCCCAGUACUUAGUAUUUUAAUUUAAUUUUGAGCAAUUGCAAUAAAUUGUGCAUUAUUGCCAGAAAAUGUAUGAAAACAGACUCUUUGUUGCCAUUGUAAGAAAUUAUUAUUUAUUUGGCGCUUCGCAUGAAUUUAUCAUGUCAAUUAAAUUGAAUAUUUAAGUGGGAUGAUUUUUUUUAUGAUGCAUUUAGUCAUGUCACACUCAAACAUAUAAUGGAUACACUACCUUUCAAAUGUUUGGGGUCAGUAAAAUUAGUUUUUUGAAAUAACUUUUUUUUUUUUUUUCGCAAGGAUGCAUUAAAUUGAUCAAAAGUGACCGUAAAAACAUUUAUAAUGUUUCAAAAAUUUCUAUUUCAAAAGUUCCUGAAAAGAAUGUGUUUCCACAAAAAUAUUAAGCAGAACAACUGUUUUCAACAUUAAUACGAAUAAGAAAUCAGAAUAUUAGACUGAUUUCUGAAGCAUCAUGUGACGCUGAAGACUGGAGUAAUGAUGCUGAAAAUUACAUUUGAAAAAUUAAUAAAAACAGUCAUUAUAGAUUUUAAUAAUAUUUCACAAUAUAUCUCUUUUUGCUGUAUUCUCGAUCAAAAGAAAUAAAAAAGAGCAUAAGAGAUUUCUUCCAAAAAUAUUUUUAAAAUUCUUACUGACCCCAAACAUUGAAACAGUAGUGUGUUGUUUUGAGCAGCUGGAUUUGAUUAGGGCAAACUGCAGCUGGACACAAUUAAACAGAACAUCCAGUGUGGAUUUUUUUUUUCUAUUUUCAAGUCUCUGACAUUCAGGCUACAUCAAGUGGUCCAUAAGUGCAUAUAAUAAA